ACUUUGUCAAAGUUCUUCCAUACAGAAACACGGAUUACUUUGUCAAAGUCCUUCCAUACAGAAUCAGUGAUUACUUUGUCAAAGUCCUUCCAUACAGAAACAGUGAUUACUUUGUCACAGUCCUUCCAUACAGAAACAGUGAUUACUUUGUCAAAGUCCUUCCAUACAGAAACAGUGAUUACUUUGUCAAAGUCCUUCCACACAGACACGGUGAUUACUUUGUCAAAGUCCUUCCACACAGAAACGGUGAUUACUUUGUCAAAGUCCUUCCAUACAGAAACAGUGAUUACUUUGUCAAAGUCCUUUUAUACAGAAUCAGUGAUUACUUUGUCAAAGUCCUUCCACACAGAACAGUGA